GUUAACCAGCAUCUAGUCCUUUACUUUGCAGACAUUCUGUCAGAAUCCCCCUGCCACUUCAGCUCUCACUAGCUUCAUCUAAGGGGGCCACUGUGUCUUUUGCAUCUGUAGGAGAAGAAUGGAUCUGAGAGGUUACUUCAACAGGAUUGGUUUUACUGGCCUAUAUGACAAAGCCAACCUGGACACUUUACGCACCAUUCACAAGCUACACGUUAUGAAUAUUCCCUUUGAGAACCUCAGCAUUCACUGUGGAGAGAAGAACACUUUGGACCUGCAAACCAUAUAUGAUAAAAUAGUCAAGAGAAAUCGGGGAGGCUGGUGCUGUGAAAACAACCUCUUGUUCUCAUGGGUCUUGAGGGAGAUGGGUUACAAAUACACCACACUGGGCUCAAAGGUGUUCAGCCAGUUCAUAAAUGAUUUCUACCCAGUUGAAUCUCAUCUAAUUAAUCUGGUGGAGAUAGAUGGGAAACCUUACAUUGCAGAUGUGAGCUAUGGAGUGUCAUGCCAGAUGUGGUAUCCCUUAGAGAUGAUCUCAGGUAAGGAGCAGCCACAGCUUCCAGGUGUGUUCCGCCUGCUAAAUGACAGAAAGCGAUGGGUUCUGGAGAAGAUUGCCAGGAAGCAAUUGGUCCAAGAUGAGGCCUUUGCUAAUUCCAGCCUCCUUGACAAGCGGCUGACGAAAACAAUGUAUUGCUUCACAUUAAAACCACGUGGCAUAGAUCAUUUCACAGAGAUAUCGGGGUGUCUGCAGACUAGUCCAGACUCUCGGUUUGUGCUCAAAUCCAUUGUCUCCCUUCAGACACCUACAGGCUUCAGAGCUCUGAUUGGCUGGACUUUCAGUGAGGUCACAUUCAAACCACAGGAGGACUUAGAAUUGGUGGACAUGAAGGAAAUUCCAGACUGUGACAUAGAAGCUUUGCUCAGGGAAAAGUUUAACCUGGUGUUAGUUAAUAAAUUCACACCUAAAAACAACAAGGCUAAUUAUUGCAUGUAGUACUCAAAAAUACUCAUCUGUACUAUGACCCACUGUUUAGAUUUCAUAUUAAAUAAAAGUGAUCUACCUAUGGCAAGAUUUGUGAGCAAACAUCUGCAUUAAUAAAGACCAUUCAUGCUACUGCAAAAGUUGGAGUUUAUGAGCCAGAAGAAGUACAGAACUCCAUACCGAUAAGCUAGCACCAGAUCAUACAGCCUUUCCUUCAAUGUCUUCAUCAUUUCCUCACUUUCAAAUAUGUUUGUGGCAAGGUGAGGUGGUCCUCCUGGGGUUACAAGGGGGUGUGAACUUAUGCUUUCAUAUUUCUACUGGUUUGAAAUUAUGUUUUGUCAUCAUGGUGACACUGUACUUAUACAACAUAUCAGCAAAUGUGUUAAUGAAUAAUAUCUAUUUCAAAAUGAUUCCAAGUAUUAUUUUAAGGUCCUUGAUGUCCGAGUUACCUAAACAAGAGCAUUGUUUUAUUGGUUGCCAGUAUAACCACAUAAUUUCAUAGCUAUAAGAUGUGAAAGUGAACAGAUUUAAACAAAGGUGUGAAUCACUGUCUAAUGCGUUCUGAUAAUGUUUGUUCAAGUAGCCUGUUUUAUUGAGUAAAGAUGGCCUAUUUUAAACAAUAUAUAUGUUAGGUAGGCCUAUAUCAGAAAAAGUGUAUACCUUCACUACAAACAUAUUUUUAUGAUGUACUCAUUACAAUUCCAUAACACGUUUCAUCUAACUUUACUGUGUAAAAAAAAAAAAAAAAAAAAAGGUUAUUUAAUUUAUAUUAUACUUGAUAAUUGUAUAAUAAAUUGUAUUAAUGAAUUGUAAAUGAUUAUUUGUACAAUUUAAAUUUUAAGGACUGAAAUUUUUAAAAGUUUGUGAAUAUGGAGCAGAGGUAGCAAAAACACCACAUUUUAUUGUGAUGUAAUUUAGUUAUGAAAUUGAAAUGCCUAAAUCUUAAGAAAAUAGGCCUAAAUUUAACAAUUUGUUUAAAUUAUAUUAAUCACAUUUAUAUUAAAUAUUUAUAUUAUUUAGCCUAUAAACUUGCGCUUAUCAUGUGGUUAUAUGAGGAAAAUAACUAACAUUGCACAAUACCUAUGCAAAAUUUAAUAUUAAAAGGUCUAUACCUUAUUCAAUUGUAACAAUGCUGGCAAUGACAGGCAGAUGAUGAUGAUGAUGAUGAUGAAGUGUAGAACCCAAGUGCAGUUUAUUACCACAAGCAUGAAAACCAAAAACGUGACUACAAAACAUAAACUAGACUUGACUUCCAAACAACGUUAAAGCAAAAUACCUGAAAAAGGACCAUAGCAAAUAUGAGGGUAUAAAUACAUGGACAAGGGAAACAAGACAACCAAUGAACAGACAGAACUAUAAACAAGAUAACAAGACUAAUAAAUUUGAACCAAUGACCAAUAAAACAAGACACAUGAACAUGGAGGGAAACAGGAUGAUCACAUGACUUGACAUGGAAACAGGGAAUCACAUGACAGGGCAACAGGAAAUAACAUGUCAAGGAACAACUUUUCAAAAUAUACACAAAACAUGAACAAAAACACAUCUAGACGUCACAUAAUUACCAAAUCAUGGACUGCUUGUUUACAUUGUGAACUGACUUAUGAACUGCUCCUUGACUUGCAAAGCGAACUAUGAACUGUUGAGUGAAUCUCAGUGAACCGAGUGCGAUGUUGAAGUUGAAAUGCAAGAGAACCAAUCUGUGUUUGGAGUUUGAUUUGAAUAUUGAAUAAUUAAGAAUUUUAAGGAAUGUGAGUUUUCUUUGUUUUCAUUUAAAGGAAGCAAAUCAUGAACUUGAGUAUUUAUGGGAAUCAAACUCACAUUGUUUGAAGUGACUUAAUGACUUUUUUUCUUCUCCAUCUGAAUAAAGUGUUAUUUAUUUUUCUUCAUUUUCUUAACAAGAAUUACAGUGUAAUUUAAGAAUUUGUCUUGCAGUUUUAUCAAUAUUUCACCUUUAGCCUUUGCAGGGUUCACUUUACACUGAAUUAGUGACUCCUAUGCAGGGUUGACUGACUUUACGACUAAAUUUUUUAGCAGAUUAAAUCAUUUGUUUCGUACCCCAGUCAUCUGUGUCAAUACGCUACAUAUAUAAUGACACCCCAGAUGGGA